ACCAAACUCAAACGUUGCGUACUAACAUGUUUCACUGGUCUACUUUGUGCUCUGUGUAGGAUGUUGCGACCACAGGACCGCUACUUCGACUGGAUGGACUACUCUGUGUUCGGCGCUAUGCUGGUCUUCUCCGCCCUGAUCGGUGUAUACUUCGCCUUCUUCGCCAAAGACAAACAAGAGUCCUCAUCUGAAUACCUUUUGGGAGGUCGCACCAUGGGAAUCUUCCCUAUUUCGAUGUCUCUAAUUGCUAGUUAUAUCUCCGGCAUCUCCUUGCUGGGGAUCCCGGCCGAGAUGUACGUGUAACGGCACUCAGUACUGGAUGAUUGUGGCUUCGGACUCCCUUGUCAGCCUCACCAUGGCUUUUUGUCUACCUGCCGGUCUUCUUCAAACUUAAAAUCACUUCUUCGUAUGAGUACUUAAAUAUGAGAUUCAACAAGGCAGUGUGCAUCUUAGGAUCCGGAAUCUUUGUUUUAAAGAUGAUGCUGUACAUGCCCAUGGUCAUCUAUGUACCUGCUCUUGCCUUCAACCAAGUGACUGGCGUUAACUUACAUCUAAUUACGCCGCUUGUCUGUGUCGUCUGCAUCUUCUACACCACAGUGGGAGGGCUGAAGGCUGUGGUAUGGACGGACACGUUACAAACCAUUCUUAUGUUGUUGGGUGUGGUGGUAGUCCUGGUUAUGGGCACUAUAAGGGUUGGCGGGCCUGGUGUGGUGUGGGAGCGCAACGAUUUCAGCGGUCGACUGGAAUUCCUCAAGUAUGCGGUAAACACACUUUAA